AUGGUCCACUCAACCGUUGUGCUGCUUGGCCUUCUCAGGGACGAAAUCCAGCGCGAAACAGUUCCCUCGUUGGUGGAGCAGUCAGCCGCGUUUGAUGGAUUGAGAGGCAAGCGCUCCUUUCGUGUAGUAGGCGGCUUUUUUCAUCUCCUGCAAUGGUGGUGUAUAAUGGUUUCCUAUGAAGGAUAUCUCAUCGGAGAUCCUGUUAUGACGCCAUUGCAUGAUUACUUGGCCGCGUAUUGUUUGGAUGGCAGAAUUUAUGGACAUGUCGAGCCGGUCGCCGAAGUCUUCUUUUCCGAGGACGGGAGAGGUUAUACCUGGGGAUCGUGGACGUGGGAAACCCGAAUCUGUUUUCUCAAUCCCUCCAGAUAUCGUCUCAAGUGGGACGAUGCUGUCCACGCCGAGAAUACCGCAGAAUACGCUGGCGCCAUUGAACGGCUUUUUGCAAGAGCGGAAACGGAUUGA